CCCGUCCCGACCGCCUCUUCCGGCAAACGCGGUCUCUCCUUCAACGACCCAAAAUUCACCAACCUCUUCUCCGCCAUCUCCUGCACGCUCAAUCCCGUCGGCAGAUCCCGCACCUCCUGGGCAUACAACUGGUUCUCCGCACCCUGCGACAACUUCAACCACGCAUCUCUUUGCAGCGUGCCAUUCAACCCCUACCUCGAAUUUAUCCCCAUGCUGUGGUCCAACGACCGCGAUUUGCAAAACGUCUGGAACAGCAACGUUCAAGCCGCGGCCGCAAGAGGAUGGAAAACAAUUCUCGCCUUCAACGAGCCGGAUAUUGCCCACUCGGGCGGUUCGGGAAUGUCCAUCGCCGACGCCGUGACCUCGUGGAAGCAGUAUAUUCAACCGCUCAAAGCGCAGGGAUUCCGCCUUGGAUCACCUGCCGUCACGAACGCCCAGGGCCUCAACAUGGGAAAUGACUGGCAGGUCAAAUUCCUUGACCAGACGCCCGGCAAAGGAGGCUGCAUUGGAUGCACCGUCGACUUCCUCGCUGUGCACUGGUACGGCGGCCCAACGGACUUUGACUCCUUUUUCAACCACGUUGCUUACAGCUGGAGCGUCGUCGGAGGACAAAGGAUGCCGGUGUGGAUCACCGAGUUCGGCAUCACGGGCGGCACGGACGCUCAGGUGGAGAAUUUCUUGAGGGUCGUGAUUGAUGCGUUUGAGAACCAGCCGUAUUGGAGUUUCGUGGAGAGGUAUGCGUGGUUUACGGCGGGUAACUCCAGUCCGACCAGUGGGCCGUUGGUGGCGGCAAAUGGGACGAGUUUGUCGAGGGCGGGACAGGUUUAUGAGAAUCAGGUGUAG